CUGGUCAUUCUGAAAUGUAGCCGCAGUGUCUAAAGCCUAACUUUCAGGAAGUUGGAACAUCUGUGGGUGUUAGGCAGAAUAUCUGACAGAACAAAAAACUUUUUAAAUAUUUGCCUUUUCGCCGAUAUUUGCAUGUAAAGUUUGUCUAGCAUAAAUAGCCUGCUCAGAAUUUAGCUCCGUGCCAAAAUCCUACUAAGUAUACAUUAGAUAAGUAUUAGCUUAGCUUAGCUUAGCUUAGCUAGAGGUACAGAAAUCCAUGUUCACUAAACAAACUCUACAGCGUCCGUUUUGUUUUCACUCUCCGUUUGGUUGAGCUGUGAUUUGUACGCUGAGUGGGCAUCGAGUGGAAAACCCCUAACCGUCCACCUUCUAGCGUCGUUGUAUAAGACAUAAGCACGUAUAGCUCUUACCUGCCUACAUUAAUGCCUCCUAGGAGAAAAGCAUUGCCUUGUCCUCUGCCUGAAGGAUGGAUACUGACAGACACAGAAAAGAGAAAGUGGCGUCUCGGCAAAAUCAUUGGGAAAGGAGGCUUCGGAGUCAUUUACCUCGCUUCAGACCAUGUUGAAACACCUGUAACAGAGGAUUCCAACUAUGUGAUUAAAAUCGAAUAUCAUGAAAAUGGACCUCUGUUCUCCGAGCUGAAGUUUUAUCAAAGAGCAGCAAAACCUGAAAGUAUCAGUAAUUGGAAAAGAGUCAAAAAGCUUGAUUUUUUGGGGAUCCCAACCUACUGGGGUGCUGGACUCUCCGAACAUAAUGGAACAAGGUACAGGUUCAUGGUGAUGGACCGCCUGGGUACUGACCUGCAGAAGGUGCUUGUGGAUAAUGCUGAACAGCUGAAGAAGCAGACAGUGUUGCAGUUAGGUUGCCUCAUGGUGGACGUCCUGGAAUAUAUUCAUGAUAACGAAUAUGUCCAUGCUGACAUUAAGGCUGCCAAUCUCCUACUGGGCCACAGAGACCCUGACAAGGUGUACUUGGCUGACUACGGUCUGUCGUACAGAUACCGUCCUAACGGAGAGCAUAAAGACUACAAAGAGAACCCAAAGAAAGGCCACAACGGCACAAUUGAGUAUACAAGCAUCGAUGCUCACAGAGGUGUAGCUCCAUCCAGACGUGGGGACCUGGAGGUGCUGGGCUAUUGCCUGCUCCACUGGCAGAGUGGAACUCUCCCCUGGCUGUCAGUGCUCAGGAAUCCAGUACAGGUCCAAGAGGCCAAGUCUAAGCUCAUGGAUAACCUGCCACACUCAGUGAUCCAACUGUCCAGUCCUGGUAUAAAUCUAGCUGAAGUAGCCCAGUACCUGCUGGCUGUAAAAAUGUUGGGCUACAAAGAAAAACCAGACUACGAUGCUCUGAGGAAGGUGCUAUCAAAUGUUAGGCCCCGAGGCCCACUGGACCUCUCUAGGCCGACAGCAGCCGAGUCAUCCAGGCCAGCGGCAAACAGGUAUUUGAGUCAGGCUCAGCCUGCCAUUAGAUCAACUAAACCAAAGCCUGUGACUCAUGAUGAAGACCUCACUAAACUUCAGUACAGAACCAAAGAAAAAGCAAAGACAGAGAAACAGAAACCCUCCAAAGUCAAUUCUGCAGCCGACACACGCGUGAGGUCCAGGCGUGUGGCCAGUGACCCUGAUGAUGACCAGGAAGACGAUUACGAUCCUCAACCACCAAGAUUCCACCCCAAAACACGAGGAGGCACAAAGCAAACGCAAAGAAACCAACAAGUCAAUUCUGCAGCCGACACACGCGUGAGGUCCAGGAGUGACCCUGAUGAUGACCAGGAAGACGAUUACGAUCCUCAACCACCAAGAUUCCACCCCAAAACACGAGAAGGCACAAAGCAAACGCAAAGAAACCAACAAUUGGCUCCGGUAUUUGGAUUGGGGAGAGGAGAAGAGAACAGUCUGCAAAUCUGGAAACAGCACAAUAAGCCAGAACUCCAGGAUUUCAUCCCUGAUGUCACUGACCACUGGAGAAGAAAUGGCUGGGACAAACCAAAAUAUUCCCAGUUGGAGGAAAUUGAUUAUAAUAGACAUCAAUUGAAUGCUGAUGUGCCCAGUGACUUUUACUCGCCACAAAGCAACAGGAAUGAUAUAGAGAACUCAAAAGACAAGCCUUUUACACAGCGGAGCUGUAAAAUAUAUGCAUGUAUCAUUACUGUUGCACUCUUUCUUUUUCUACUUGCAUUUAAAAUCUAUUGAACACACAGUGUUGGCUUUCAUAUUCCAUUAUCAAGAAUGAAAUGACAUGGCAACCAAUUUACAGAGUGGUCACGGUUUUUGUAUGGCCAUUUUCACUGUGAUGGGCUGUGGAAGGGGAAAAAAAAAAAAAAGAAAAAACGUAUUAAUGUCUGAAAAUAAUUCAACAAAUACACUGUUGUUUUAAUUCAUCAUAUCAUAACUGUUUUAUUCUGUUCAAUACUCAACAAGGGAUUUACUCUUCAUUGGUCAUGUUGACCACACGCGCGCACGCACACACACAAUAAUAAUAAUAAAAUGUAAAUCCAAACAGAAAAAGACCCAAAACCACUUCUGCUGCUGUGGGAUGCUCAUAGCAGCAGGUGGGUACAAAAAAAAAAAAAAAAAGACAUGGAGGAAAUUCAAAAAAGUAAAUUCAUGCAUGCUUUUUAUAUGUAACAAUGUUUUUUAACCUGUGAGUUUAAUCCUGUUAUUAAACCUGAGUUUAAUAGGUGUA